AUGAUUAACUCAUAAUUAUUUGAUUCAAGGAGAGAAAUUGAAUAAUUUAAAUUAUAGUUAGGGAAAUUGGAAGGAAUAGUUAACAUAUCCCAGCCAAAUUCAAAAUAAAAUAUCAUCUUAUUGAAAUAGUUAUAGAAUAAAGUGAGUAAUUUGGAAUAGAAUUUAGAAUAGAAAGUUAAUGCAAUGUGUUCUAAUGUAAAAUUGUAUUUGAUUAAGAUUAUAAUUCCAGACAUCUAACCCUAAAAAUUGCCAGAGUUAAAUGAAAUGCAAAGAAAGAGGGCAGUUUCAACAGAUGUGGCGAACCAUAGCGUGAACAUUGAAAAGAAUAUAUUUUUGCAAGGAAACAAAGCCAGUCGAUAUUCAAAAAUGAACAAUUUUAGAUAGCAAUCAAUUCUGAAUGAAUAUAACGAUGAAUCGUUAAAAUAGAAGAUAGAUCUGAGUUUUGAAUAAUCUUAACAACAUCAUUAAACUUCUUUUCAAAUCAUUCAUAAGCCGUAAAAAUAGAGAACUCAAGUAUUACUGUUCGAUUGUCCUGCACCGAAACCGAUGAAGAAAGUGGAAAAAAAACAGUUUUAAUUUAUGAUUCAAAAAGGCAAAAGAAUUUAGGCUGUUGAACUUUUGGCAUUCAAAUAGAAGAAUUUACAAGAAUGGAAUCUAAUAAAUGCGAUUAUAUAACGAAUGGAAUCAAUCAAUAUCAAGUAUCAAUGUCCAACUUUUUUUGUUGAUGGCAGAUCAAUAAUACAUUUGAUUCAUUGCAGAAGAACCAUCACAUUGUCUGAUAUUGUUAAAUGCAUAUAAAAUAAAGACGAGAUCAUCCCAUAUUUAUUUCCGAGAUUGUUUAUUGGACAAGAUGGCUUAGAACGAGCAGCUGAGAAAAUAUAGGCAGCAUUUAAAGGCUACAUUCAAUUUAGGAGAUUUUAAUAGCUCAAGACAUUAUACAAAAGCACUAUAUACAUCUAAAAGUAUUUUCGGAGAAAGCAACAAAAGGAAUUGACAAAGUAGAGGGUGUUACAGAGAACAAACUCCAUUUAUAAGGAAUUCCUAUAAAGAUAAACAAUGUUUUAGGAUAAUUGGAACCAAUACAAGUUGUAUCCUAGAGUGGAAAUACAUUUAUCAUCAUUAAAUUACUCGGAAUAUUAGAGGUUGACAAUGGAUAAAUUUAUUCAAAAGGAGAACUCUUAGAUCAGUAGGAUUUUUAGAGCAAUAGAUCCAUAAGUAGAAAUCAUAUAUAUCUGUGCAUAUGAAUAAGACAAAGACAUCUUAAUGUACUAUGAAAGAAUUUUUGAAAUGCAUUAAGUGUCAUUUAAAAAAGUUAGGUUUUUAACUCCUGAGAAUGCUGAUAAAUUCAAUACACACAUGAGUCUAUUGUAGAAAUUGAUCUACUCUCCAAAAUGCUUAAAAUAAAUAAGAAAAAUAAUAGAAAAUAAAUUAGCCAUGGUAAUUCCAGGAUACCCUUCAAAUGAGUUUAUUCAACUAUGCCAUAUGUUAAAUGUGCCAUUGUAUAGUGGAUUACCAUAGCAUCAUUUAUUGUAUUCUAGUUAAUCUGGAGCAUAAGUGUUGUUUAGUAAAUGCAAGAUACCAACAUCUCCAGGAGCAUCAGAGAUUUAUGAUGAAAUAGAGCUUUAUAAUACUUUAACAGUUUUGAUAGUGAAGAAUAGGAACACAAGAAUUUGGAUCUUUAAAAUAGAUUGUUCUUUUGGAGGGAGAGGCAUAGCUACAAUCAAUAUCAGUACAAUUCCUGGAUUGAAUCAAUUAUUAAAUUGCAACGAACAAGAAUUAGAUGAAAAUACUAUUUCUGCUAUCAAGUAAAUCAUCAAGACUUAAUUGCCUCUCAAAUUAAAGAUUGCUGUAAAGUCUUUGUAUUAGUCUUAUAAAGAGUAUAUUACAGCUUUUUUGACUUCUGGAGGGAUAGUAGAAGCAUUUCCAAUUUAGGAUAGAUUGAAAAUAUAAAAAACUUCAAUCAGUUUUCAUGUUAGUCCACAAUAUGAGUUUGAAGAGAUAUGCACAUAUGAUAGCUUCUCAGCUCAUCAUUACGUUUAGACUCUGCAUUUGUAUCCAUCGAUUACUUCAACUAUGGACAAAAAUAAAUUUUAUGAAGAGAUGCUAGUGUUUUUGAAAUAAAAGAAAAUGUUCGGGUAUUUCACUCUUCAUUUGAUUUUGUUUGAUAAUCAAUUUUGGGCUAUUGGUUUGGACAGUUACUUGAAUGUUGCUACCAGUAUCAAUUACUAUUUCAAAUGUCUUAAUAAAAAGUAAACUCGAUUUUAUCUAUAUUCUCCUUAUGUCAUUCAUCCAGGACUUUAAAAAAUAUCAAUAAAGUAACUGUUUUCAACUUGCAGAAUGGAUUAGGUAUAAUAUGAAACAGAAUAUUAAAGAGGCCAAACUUUCCUAUUCACAGACAUUCUGCAAUCUUGUAUGGUGUAGAUGAUUUCAGUGCAUGAGAAUAUCCAAAGAUGCAUUUCGUAAUUUGAUGAGUAGUUAAAAGUGCUUUUUAAACUUGGAGGGUAGAUGAAUGUUAAUUAUGGAGAAUCGAUCUAUGAAUCUAGAAAUGAUUCAAUUAAUAUUUUGGAUGUUCAGGGAGCUUUAAAAAUGCUGAGGAGAAAAUUAUAAAAUUAACAAUGA